GGACACACCUAAACGGCCUCAAUCAAUUGUGAACGAGAGAGACCGGCGGAGAGGAGAGAAAAGUGCGGCUUGUCAUUCGUUCGUCUCUGGAUGUGCAUCAAACUGCCUUCACUUCAAGUCAUCGAGGUUGUGGGCUUGUAGAAAAUGUUUGGAUUUUUGAACAAACGUAUCGAGGAAUGUUUGGCGGAGCGAAAAAGCCGCAGGACCAGACUAGUGACCAAAGAUGGCCGCUGCAACAUUGAAUACGGAAACAUCAAGUACAGCACACACUUUGCAUUCCUGGCUGAUUUCUGGACCACCUUUGUGGAGAUCCGCUGGCGUUUUGUCCUCCUCCUCUUCAUCGCUUCUUUCACCCUCAGCUGGUUCAUUUUCGGCCUGCUGUGGUACUGGAUCGCCCGCAGCAAUGGAGACCUAACUUGGCAAAAACCCCCAUCAGGCCACACGCCAUGCGUUGAUAAUGUUGUAGGACUUACAACGUCGUUCCUCUACUCCCUUGAAACCCAGACAACGAUUGGCUACGGUGGCCGAGCACUCACCCCUGUCUGUCCUGGUGCUGUGGCCCUUCUCGUCAUCCAGUCUCUCCUCGGAGCCAUUAUCAACUGCUUCAUGUGUGGAGUCAUCCUGUCCAAGAUCUCUUUACCCAAAAAGAGAGCUAAAACCAUCACAUUCAGUGACAUGGCUGUCAUCAGUCCCAAAAAUGGCUCGCUUUGCCUGUCGAUCAGAGUGGGGAACCUGCGCAAGACCCUGAUGAUUGGAAGCCAGAUCUAUGGUAAGCUGCUGAGGACAACCGUUACACCAGACGGGGAGACAAUCAUCAUGGACCAGGUGAACAUUGACUUUGUGGUAGAUGCUGGGAAAGACAACCUCUUCUUCGUAUGUCCUCUCACGCUCUACCAUGUCAUCGACAAAAACAGCCCCUUCUUUGAGAUGGCGGUGGACACGCUCCACAAGCAAGACUUUGAGCUGGUCGUCUUCCUCGACGGCACCGCGGAGUCCACCAGCUCCUCCUGCCAAGUCCGGACCUCCUUUAUUCCCCAGGAGGUCAUGUGGGGCUACAACUUCUUGCCCAUCAUUUCUAGAAGCAAGGAGGGCAAGUACCGAGUCGACUUCUCCAACUUCUCCAAGGUGGUGCCCGUGGCCACCGCACACUGCGCCUACUGUUUCCACAACAUCAAGGGUCACCAUCUCCACUCCAGAGAGGGACAAGACAAUGAGGGCUUUGAGGUGAUUGAUAUCCACGAUCCCCCAAAUGUCACUAAGAUGUGAGAGGAUGGACUCAUUGCAAUGAACAUUUGAAUCUAAGACUGCUAGAGACAAGUCCUGGAGGAAGGUGGGGUUACCUAAUGACAUACAGCACAUUGUGUAGCAUAUAAAUAUAAAGUAAACCUACUUAUUUGUUAUUCUAUUGUGUUGAACACAGAUAAGACAGCCGUCUGUGGGUCAGGUCAGUUAUUGUGAACCAUUUGUAUGUAAAACCACACCUGUCACUGUGUGCUGACCAGAAACCUGUUUUCAAAUGUCAGGCCAGGUCAUGCAAGGAGGCGAAGCUCUAAUUCACGAGCAGAAAAGAGAGAUUUCCCCAAUUACGAACGCAUGGAUUGUACACAUCCAAACAAAGACAAGGGCUUCUAAUUUACCUCCGGCCCGGCACAUUUGGGUUCACUGUGUGCAGGGAGAGGCAGAAAAAACAAGGCAAAAUGUAUUAAACUGUGUGUAUAAAUCUACUUGAAGGAGCAGUGUCGUCAGGGCAUGCUAUUGUCAUGGGUGAGAAAAAAGAUAAAGCGGUUGCUGAAUAAUUCAUGCUACUGUAAGCUGCUGUACACAAAGAGACACUUGGACUUGAACCAUUAGGCUAUUCGAACACUGAAGCACUAGCAAGAGGUCGGACUCAGGGGCCACUCUUUUCAAACAGUGGGUGAUGUACUUACAGUUUUAUCUCCGUGAGCGAAGACAUCGUGGGAGAGCAAAGUUCUCAGGAAACACUUAUAACAUGGCUGCAUACCAUACAGCCCUGAUUAUAGUAUAAAAAUACAGUCUGUUUGUAUGAUCUUUUUUGUAUUUGAUCUCAGGGGAAAGAUACACUGAA